UGCUGUUCGUCCGUCUGUCUCUAAACCCAUCUGUCUGUCUGACUGUAAACCAAUCUGUCUACUCAUCUGUCUGUAAAGCCCUUUGCUAUCCAAAUGUAUAUCUGACCAUCUUCUCUGUCUAGCUGCUCUAGCCUGUAUGUCAGUCCAUCUAUUUGUCUGUCUCUGGCCCCACUGAUUUUUUCUAUCUGUCCAAUCAUCCAAGUCCACCUGUGUGCAUCUUGUCUAUUUACCUGCUUGUCUGUUUGUCUCUCUGUCCAUCUGCUGGCGUGUCUCCCCAAGUGCCUCCCCUGUCCCUCUGGACCACCAAACCAUGGCCCAGGGCCACAUAGUCAGCCUGGUCCUGCUGGGGCUGGGGCUGGGGUUGGCCAUCAUUGUGCUGGCUGUGGUCCUCUCUCGCCACCACGCCCCCUGUGGCCCCCAGGCCUUUGCCCAUGCUGCUGUAGCUGCCGACUCUAAGGUCUGCUCGGACAUUGGACGAGCCAUCCUCCAGCAGCAGGGCUCACCCAUGGAUGCUGCCAUCGCAGCCCUGGUCUGCACCGGUGUUGUCAACCCUCAGAGCAUGGGCCUGGGUGGAGGGGUCAUCUUCACCAUCUACAAUGCAACAACAGGGAAGGUGGAGGUCAUCAAUGCCCGGGAGACGGUGCCUGCUGACCAUGUCCAGGGCCUGCUGGAUCAGUGCAAACAGGCCCUGCCACUGGGCACAGGGGCUCAGUGGAUCGGGGUUCCUGGGGAGCUCCGUGGCUAUGCUGAGGCCCAUCGCCGCCAUGGCCGCUUGCCCUGGGCACAGCUGUUCCAGCCUACCAUCACUCUUCUCCGAGAGGGCUACCGCAUGCCCUCAGUUCUCAGCCGGUUCCUGCAAAACAAAUUCCUGCGGCCUUCCUUGUAUGCAUCGACCCUGAGGCAGCUCUUCUUCAACGGGACAGAAACCCUGAGGCCUCAAGACCCAUUCCCAUGGCCUACUCUGGCCACCACCCUGGAGACUGUGGCCACGGAGGGUGCAGAGGCCUUCUACACAGGGAGGCUGGGCCGGAUGCUAGUAGAGGACAUUGCCAAGCAAGGGAGCCAGAUGACCCUGCAGGACCUGUCUGCCUUCCAGCCUGAGGUGGUGGAUGCUCUGGAGAUGCCUCUGGGAAACUACACCCUGUACUCACCACCUCCACCAGCAGGAGGCGCAGUUCUCAGCUUUAUCCUUAAUGUGCUGCGAGGGUUCAACUUCUCUGCAGAGUCGGUGGCCCAACCUGAAGGAAAAGUAAACAUGUACCAUCACCUUGUAGAGACACUCAAGUUUGCAGGGGGGCAGAGGUGGCGGCUGUGCGACCCUCGCAGCAACCUAGUGGUCCAGAAUGCCUCCCAGGACCUGCUGGGAGAAGCUCUGGCCCAGCACAUCCGUCAGCAGAUCGAUGGCCGGGGUGACCACCAGCUCAGCUACUACAACCUGGCUGGAGCGUGGGGCCACAGGAUGGGCACCUCUCAUGUGUCUGUGCUGGGAGAGGAUGGCAGUGCUGUGGCCGCCACCAGCACUAUCAACACACCCUUUGGAGCAAUGGUGUACUCCCCACAGACGGGCAUUCUUCUCAACAACGAACUACUGGACUUAUGCUGGAGAUACCUGCCAGGCUCCAGUGUUACCCCUGCACCUGUGGUGAAUGGUGACAGGGUGAGUGGUGCUCCUGGAGGGUGUGGUGAUACUACGGGACCCCCAGUUCCAGGUGAGCGGCCGCCAUCAUCCAUGGUACCCUCCAUCUUGAUCAACAAAGCUGAGGGUUCGAAGCUGGUGAUUGGUGGGGCAGGGGGGGAUCUCAUCAUCCCUGCUGUGGUCCAGACCAUCAUGAACCAUUUGUGGUUUGGCUUUAACCUACCAGAAGCCAUUGCAGCCCCCAUCCUGCAUGUCAACAGCAAAGGCCAGGUCGAAUAUGAGCCCAGCUUCAGCCAGGAAGUACAGAAAGGGCUCCAAGACCGUGGCCAGAACCAGACCCAGCGGCUUUUUUUCCUGAACGUGGUCCAGGCUGUGUCCCAGGAGGGGCCCUGUGUAUAUGCAGCAUCUGACCUGAGGAAGGAAGGAGAGGCUGCGGGCUACUGAGAAGACAGCAUGGCUCAGAGUCAACUCCAGCCCCACUGUCAGUCCUGUGCCCUGGCUGGAUAAUACCGUGGAACAAAGAGCUCCAGUGGGAUCUGGACCCCUGGCUGUGGAGUCAACCUGGGAUUGAAAGAAGAGGGGACCAGCCUGGCAGAUGGACUAUAGGGACCAAGCCUCAUCCUUGAGCAUCCCUCUGUGUAGCCCUAUGUGGCCCUGUCCUUGCUCCUCUAGUCUUCCUCUGGACUCUUACCUACCCUGUCAAUCUGUGUAGCCACUAGUCCAAGAUUAAAGAGG